UAGGGAUUUCGGCGUCUCAUAUUCAACAAGGAAGGAGAGAGUGCUUUUGUGAAAUCAACCAGAAAAAAUGUCAGGGGAAGAAGUUGAAGUUCCUGUUGCUGUUGCAGCUGAGCCAGCUGCUGCUGCUAUUCCAGGUGAACCCAUGGACAUCAUGACUGCCUUACAGCUUGUGCUUAGAAAAUCAUUGGCUUAUGGUGGUCUUUCGAGAGGUCUUCACGAAAGUGCGAAAGUGAUUGAGAAGCAUUCUGCUCAGCUCUGUGUUCUAGCAGAAGAUUGUGACCAACCUGAUUAUGUCAAACUGGUGAAAGCUCUUUGUGCAGAGCACAAUGUUAGCCUGUUGACAGUUCCAAAUGCUAAGACUCUUGGAGAAUGGGCUGGUUUGUGCAAAAUUGAUUCAGAAGGAAAAGCUAGGAAGGUAACCGGUUGCUCCUGCGUGGUUGUCAAGGAUUUCGGGGAGGAACAUGAAGCCUAUAACGUUGUUCUGCAGCAUGUGAAAUCUAACUGAGUAACAAUAUGCCUAGAUUUGCGGGUUUCAGUUUUCAAAUUAUUGUAUGAGUCUAUGAAGAUGAUUUUUGCGUAGAUUUAUGUGAAUCUGCCCAGUGUUUUUGAUGGUUAAAUACAACUAUGCUCAUUCUCGUUGCUGUUGUUACUCUAAUUCAAUUAUAUAUUAUUGAUUUUCUCUGUUGUUGAGA